CUUUUGCUUUACAGAACGCAAAGUGGAUCCUCCGGCUCUUUAUUUGGUCACGUUCAUCUGUAUUCCGCCUGCGCGAGGAACGCGUUCCGCGGGAAACUGGAGAUAAUUUGGGAAUAUGGAGCCUUGUUCUGGUGAUGCCAUGUGACAGCUCUCUAUCAUUGGCCUUGUGUCACUCCACAAAGUCUGGCUGCCUGUGAGUUCAGGCGCCGUCGAAGGAGGAGGAUCAAAGCUCCGGGGAAAAUGGAAGUUUAGCCUGUGCGCGCGGUGUGAGCUGUGUGAGGCUGGUGCAGGGAACUGCGCCUGUUCCAAACGCGAAGAUCGGGCUGAUUAUCAGCUCCGGGGCUCCCUGCGCAAUCAACUGGUUCACAAUAGUUCUUUUGAAUAAGCGCCACAUCACCGGAGCUCCGCUCGACUAAAGCGUCGGCGGGUUGUUUCUGCGGCUGAGCCGCGCUCGUGCUGUGAUUUAACGGUUGGAGGAAUUUCAACAGGGCACGAGUCUGUGACAUCCCGGGAAUCUGUACCGUCUGCCUCCACGGAGGCAUCGCGCACAGCGCCAGGAGAUCCGCUGCGAGGAUCAGGGAAUUUCCUUUGGCACCUCGCGGAUGGACUAGGAGACUAGGAGACAAGGAGACAAGGAGACUAGGAGACGGAGCUAAGCACCUCGUUUUAACUCCUCUGCUCAAACAGCGGGCUGUGGUUUCGGUCUUUUGUCGGAAAUAUCUUUGGACAACAUGAAAGUUGUGUCGGCUCUGCUGCUUGUCGCCGUGUUCUGGAGCCUGGAGUGGGAGUCUGUGCUGUCAGACUCUAUCAUCCACAUCGGUGCCAUUUUUGACGAGUCUGCACGGAAGGAUGACGAGGUUUUCCGGCUCGCUGUGGCCGACCUCAACUUGAACAAUGAGAUUUUGGAGACGGAGAAGGUGACCGUAUCCGUGGAGUUUGUGGACGGGAACAACCCUUUCCAGGCUGUGCAAGAAGCCUGUGAGCUGAUGAACCGUGGGAUCCUGGCCCUGGUGAGCUCCAUCGGCUGCAUGUCGGCUGGCAGUCUGCAGACCUUAGCAGAUGCCAUGCACAUCCCUCACCUGUUCAUCCAGCGCUCUCCAGGGGGCUCUCCGCGCUCCGCCUGCCCGCCCACCAGCCGCCUCCCCGGGGCAGACGACUACACGCUCAUGGUCCGCCCUCCGGUCUAUCUCAACGAGGUCAUCAUGCAGGUGGUGUCUGAGUACAGCUGGCAGAAGUUUGUGCUCUUUUACGACUCUGAUUUCGAUAUCCGUGGCAUUGAGGACUUCCUGGACCGCACUUCGCAGCAGGGCAUGGACGUGUCCCUGCAGAAGGUGGAGUCCAACAUAAACAUGAUGAUCACCAGUCUGUUCAGAACACUGAGGGUGGAGGAGCUACACCGAUACAGGGACACGCUCCGAAGGGCAGUGCUGUUUAUGAGCCCUGCGACCGCCAAGGCCUUCAUCACUGAGGUGGUGGAGACCAACCUGGUGGCCUUCGAUUGUCACUGGAUCCUGAUAAACGAGGAAAUUUCCGACUACGACCUGCAGGAGUUGGUGAUGAAAUCCAUUGGUCGGCUGACUCUCGUGCGUCAGACGUUCCCGAUGCCCCAGAACACCACACAGCGCUGCGUAAAGCACAACCACCGCAUCAACACCUCCCUGUGUGACCCCAAGAACCCCCGCGCACAGCAGCUCGAGAUCACAAACAAGUACAUCUACGACUCAGUGCUGCUGUUGGCCAACACCUUCCACCGUAAACUGGAGGACCGUAAGUGGCACAGCAUGGCCAGUCUGAGCUGCAUCCGCAAGAACUCCAAGCCCUGGCAGGGAGGCAAGAGCAUGCUGGAGACUGUCAAGAAGUUUGGAGUCAGCGGUCUCACCAGUUUUCUGGAGUUCACGGACAACGGCACAAACCCCAACAUCUUCUUCGAGAUCCUGGGAACUAACUACGGAGAGGACAGAGGUCGUGGGGUCAGCAGGCUUGCUACAUGGGACCCAGUGCACGGCUUAAAUGGUACACUCACCGAUCGUAAACUGGAAAACAACAUGAGAGGAGUGGUGCUUCGAGUCGUGACUGUUUUGGAGGAGCCGUUCGUGAUGGUGUCGGAGAAUGUGCUGGGAAAACCGAAGAAGUACCAAGGCUUCUCGAUUGACGUCCUGGAUGCCCUGUCCAACUAUCUGGGGUUUAAGUACGAGAUCUACGUAGCUCCAGACCACAAGUACGGAAGUCUGCAGUCGGAUGGGCACUGGAACGGCCUGAUGGGAGAGCUGGUUUUCAAGCGUGCCGACGUGGGUCUCUCUGCCCUCACCAUCACUCCGGAGCGGGAGAGCGUGGUCGACUUCACCACUCGAUACAUGGACUACUCUGUGGGUGUUCUGCUGAGGAAGGCCGAACGCACCGUGGAUAUGUUCGCCUGCCUCGCGCCCUUUGACCUUUCUCUGUGGGCAUGUAUCGCUGGCACGGUGUUACUGGUGGGACUCCUCGUUUACCUGCUCAACUGGCUCAACCCGCCCCGCCUGCCCAUGGGAGCUGUGUCCUCCACCACGCUCUACAACUCCAUGUGGUUUGUCUAUGGGUCCUUCGUGCAGCAAGGAGGAGAAGUACCCUACACCACCCUGGCCACCCGCAUGAUGAUGGGUGUGUGGUGGAUGUUCGCACUGAUCGUCAUCUCCUCGUACACGGCCAACCUCGCAGCGUUCCUCACCAUCUCCAGGAUCGAGAACUCCAUACAGUCUCUGCAGGACCUGUCCAAACAAACCGAACUUCCUUACGGGACAGUUCUGGACUCGGCUGUGUACGAUCAGGUUCGCUCCAAAGCCAUGAACCCCUUCGAGAGAGACCCCAUGUACUCCCAGAUGUGGCGCAUGAUCAACAGAACCGGAGGGGCCGAUAACAACGUGGAGGAGUCCAAGGAGGGCAUCCGAAAGGUGAAGUACGGUCGCUUUGGCUUCGUGUGGGACUCUGCCGUCUUGGAGUACGUAGCCAAUAAUGACGAGGACUGCUCCUUCUACACCGUCAGUAACAACGCUCCGGACCGCGGCUACGGCAUCGCCAUGCAACACGGGAGCCCGUACAGGGACAUCUUCUCUCAGAGAAUCCUGGAGCUGCAGCAGAACGGGGACAUGGACGUGCUGAAGCUGAAGUGGUGGCCUCGGGACAGCCCCUGUGACCUGUACAGCUCAGUGCAGACCAGACGCAACGGAAACGCCUUGGACAUCCACAGCUUCGCGGGGGUCUUCUGCGUGCUGGCGGCCGGCGUGCUGCUCUCCUGCCUCAUCGCCAUGGUGGAGAGCUGGUGGUCCAGACGAAAGGGCUCCCGCGUCCCAUCCAAGGAGGACGAUAAGGAGAUCGACUUGGAACACCUACACCGGCGCGUUAACAGCUUGUGCACCGAGGACGACAGCCCCCACAAGCAGUUCUCCACCUCUUCCGUUGACCUAACGCCUCUCGACAUGGACGCCCUCCCGGCCGCUCGCCAAGCCCUAGAGCAGAUCAGCGACUUCCGUAACACCCACAUCACCACGACAACCUUUAUCCCCGAACAGAUCCAGACCCUGAGCCGAAGCCUGUCCGCCAAAGCUGCUGCCGGCUUUUCCGCGGGAUUCGGGGGAAGUGGCGGAGGCGGACUGCAGGACCACCGGACUGGACCGUUCAGACAGAGAGCGCCAAACGGUGGGUUUUUUCGGAGUCCAAUCAAAACAAUGUCCUCCAUUCCCUACCAGCCGACCGGACCAGGGCCCAACUUCGGAUACGGCAACGAUCCAGAUAGGGGUACCUCCAUUUAAAGAGGCGGGAUUCAAGAGAAGAGAUGGGAAGUUUGAGGUGUAGUCUGUGUACAUAACAAAUCUAUAACAAGUCUAUUUUGAGAUUAGAACGGGGUGAUGGGUGAAAUGAUCCUGCGUGGCUAACA